GGUGCUCGGCCUUGGAGAUUGUGUUUCCUUUCAACCUCUGAGAGCCUCGAACCUUAACUGACAGGUACGGGAAUUAGAGCGUUGCAGUGGAGUCACUGUGCGACCAUCUAGUGCCCCACACUGUCACGGAACGUUUCAAAGCGGAAGUCGCUUCGCGGCUCUGAUCACCGGUCCAUCUCGAUCCGCCACGCGAGCGGUACUCCUCAUCAGCAAUGCGUCGCGCCGCCCUCCAAGCAUUUCGACCCAGCAUCCAAUGUACCGUCCGCGGCCUCCGCUCUAACACACGCCGGGGCAUCCCUCUGCGCCGCCUGCCGACCAGCCCGAGGAGCGCCGUCCCGACCGGCCGCCGCUCCGUAUCCACGACCCCACAGGCCCGCAGCAACCGUCCGGGGGCGGCCGGGCAUGCACUGGCGGUCGAACCGUUGCGCGCAUCCAUGUACCUCCGGCGAGCGAGCGUCGCGCUGGUGUCGGCCCUGGUCGGCUACGGCGCCUACUACUCGUACAGCGGCAACAGCACCAGCAGUCUGAUCCAACGGGCGUAUUCAGGGUCGACGGCGGCGACUGGCACGGCGGCGGCCGACGCGGCGGCGCCGACGCGCUCGGUAUUGGUUAUCGGCGCUGACGAGCUGCAUACGGGCACGUUCGUCGGCGAGGGCCCCAUCUCCAAGACGACGGGCGACGACGGACGGCGCGUCAUCGAGAUGCUCACGCCCGAGCAGGCGACCCGGAAGCUCCGCCGGUCCGAGCAGUCGUACUUUGUCAACCGCGGCCGGGGCGUCGUGCGCUAUGACCUGGUGCAGCUACCGAGCAACGACCCAAUUGAGGAUGACCAUGCCGAGAAGAUCGUCGAGGUCCCCGGGAGGUCGCCGGGCAGCGAGAGCAGCGAUUGGAUGUUCUGGGGUGUCUUUGACGGGCAUUCCGGAUGGACCACCUCGGCCAAGCUCCGUCAAGCCCUGGUCAGCUUCGUGGCUCGGGAGCUUAAUGACACGUACAAGGCGGCCGGCGAGCUGGCGCCGUCGCACGAUGCCGUCGACUUGGCGAUUAAGAGGGGGUUUCUGAAACUAGACGAUGAGAUCGUCAAUAAGAGCGUGCAAAAGGUUCUACAGGCGAACAGCAAGGUGGCGGCUGCCGAGCUCCUCGCCCCGGCCCUGUCCGGCUCCUGCGCGCUUCUCUCCUUCUACGACAGCCGGUCCAAGCUCCUACGGGUUGCCUGUACGGGCGAUUCCAGGGCUGUCUUGGGCCGCCGCUCAGAAUCUGGCAAGUGGACGGCCACGCCCCUCUCCGUCGACCAGACAGGCAGCAACCCCGACGAAGCGGCUCGGCUGCGCAAGCUACACCCCAACGAGCCCAACGUGGUGCGCCACGGCCGCGUGCUUGGUGGGCUGGAGCCGACGCGAGCGUUCGGAGACGCUAGCUACAAGUGGACGCGCGAGAUCUCGGACAAGCUGAAGCAGCACUUCUUUGCGCGCUCCGUGUCCUCCAUUCUCCAGACCCCUCCCUACGUCACGGCCGAGCCGGUCAUCACCACGACCAAGAUCGAGCCCGAGAAGGGCGACUUUGUCGUCCUCGCGACCGACGGCCUCUGGGAGAUGCUGACCAACGAAGAGGUCAUUGGGCUGGUAGGCAAGUGGCUCGAGCACCAGAACCGCAGCAGCGGCAGCAGCAGCGGCGGCGGCGCCACCUCGCAGUUCAACUCGGUCUGGAGGCGCAUCUUCGGCUCGCGGAGCACGACGGGGCUGCCGGUCGAGGCGGCGGCGCCAACGCCGGGCGGCGGCGCCGGCGGCGGGCAGAAGACGCCGUUCCGCGGGGUGCGGCAGUGGGGCGGCGCGUCGGACGGCUUCGUCGUGCAGGACCCCAACGCGGCCACGCACCUGGUGCGCAACGCGCUCGGCGGCAAGAACCAGGAGCAGGUGUCGGCGCUGCUGACGCUGCCCGCGCCGUUCUCGCGGCGCUACCGCGACGACCUGACCGUGCAGGUCAUCUUUUUCGGAGACGGGGGGGAGCCGACGGGCGACGUGGUGGUGAACGAGGAUGCGACGGCGCCGGCGAGGCCUGCGGUGAAGGCCAAGCUCUAAAUUGAGUGAUGGUACUCGACUUGGGGUUUGUCUUCGUGGGUUUUUUUGCGACUCUGAAACUCGACGCACUGCUCGUCAUGAUUGCAUGCGAUGGCGAUAUAGGCGCAGUAAAUCAUAUACCCGGGAGAGGCGGAUCGUGCGUGCUGGUUUACUUGUCUGCAUGGUCUUACGAUUUCGUGUAUCUGAUUGCAAUUGACUUGACUUCUAUGCAAGCAGGGAGCGCCGGAGAUGCUUGACAAAGUCCCUUCGAGACGGUAAACGCUGCCGACUGCGGUGCCCAUGCAGCAUGUCGCUCGAGUUCUCCAUUCGCCAGAACGGCUUCCCGUAUGUCAAGGGAGGUAAUGUUGGUGGUGCGGCUAUGCGCAAUUGCGGAGUCUACAGGUAGGUACAGUACAGUACAUUUCCCUUGCAGCGAUUUUGAAGCGUGAAGC